AUUUUUAUAUUAUUGAAAUACAAACUGCGUGCAGUUAUCAAUUAAAAGUUUGCUUAAAAUGUUUGUUAGUAAAAUAAGGCAUAUACAAGCGUUGGGAGCACGUUGGAGCAGUUCUCACUACGUGACAACACCGAUAUUUUACGUAAAUGCAGCUCCACACAUUGGUCAUCUGUAUUCGGCGGUGAUAGCUGAUGCGCAUUGCCGAUACCAGAGGCUGCGUUAUCCGACAACCACAGUGCGCCUCUGCACCGGCACCGAUGAGCACGGCACGAAGAUUCAACAGGCGGCAGCUGGACACAAGGUGCCCGUGGAUCAAUAUUGCGAUGAGAUAUCGGCGCGUUAUCGUGAUGUGUUUAAAGCAGCAAGUAUAGCGCACGACGACUUUAUACGCACCACCGAGCAGCGACACAAACAGGCCGUAGCACACUUCUGGCACAGGCUGAAGUCACGUGGCCAUAUUUAUUCGGCGGCCUACAGCGGCUGGUAUUGCGUAUCGGAUGAGACCUUUCUGACCGACUCACAGCUGCGCCUAGACGAGAGCAGCGGCACACGCUACUCCCUGGAGUCAGGCCAUCCUGUCGAGUGGACUGAGGAAACGAAUUACAUGUUUCGACUGUCAAACUUUCAAGACGAUGUGCGUCAUUGGGUCAAGCAGGAGGCACGCGUGCGGCCAGCGAAGUUCGAGAAGAUUCUGCUCGAUACGCUGAGCGAGCCGCUGCCGGAUGUGUCCGUCUCUCGUCCAGCGAAUCGGGUACACUGGGCGAUACCCGUGCCGAAUGAUGACAGCCAAACAGUGUAUGUGUGGCUAGAUGCUCUCAUCAACUAUCUCAGCUCCUUAGGCUAUCCCAAUGAGGAGUAUUUAGCUUACUGGCCACCCGCGCAGCAAAUCAUUGGAAAGGACAUACUCAAAUUCCAUGGCAUUUAUUGGCCAGCCUUUUUGUUGGCAGCCGGCCUGUCGCCACCACAGCAACUAUACGUCCACUCGCACUGGACGGUGGACGGCCAGAAGAUGUCGAAGAGCAAGCACAACGUUGUUGAUCCUGUGCUGGCAGCCAAACAGUAUACAAUGGAGGGACUACGUUACUUUCUGUUGCGCGAGGGCGUUGCACACAGCGAUGGCAAUUUCAGUCACGUUAAGGCGUUGCGCAUACUAAACUCAGAGCUGGCGGACACUUUGGGCAAUUUGUUGUCACGGGCCUGUGCCAAAACGCUGAAUCCACAUCAAGUUUAUCCCGCGUCGCAUGUCGAGCACUUGCCACAGCUGCUGCAAGACUUGGAUGCCGCUAAGCGACUGCAGGAGGCACUCCUGCAACUGGCAGGGCGCUGUGAGCAGCACUAUGAGUGCAAUCACUUCCACUUGGUGGCCGACACGGUUAUUGCAACGCUGCAUGCGGCCAACAAUUUCUUUGAGUGCGCCAAGCCCUGGGAGCUGAAAGCGAACGGCAAAACGCCCGAUGCGCAACGCCUGCAGACAAUAAUCGCAAUGACAAUGGAUGCGUUGCGACUUUGCGGCAUUGUGUUGCAGCCAAUGAUGCCACAGCUAACCAGCCGCCUGCUCGAUAAACUUAACGUGCCCAGCUCUGAGCGUAGUUGGCAUCAUUUGAACGCUAGCUUUGCCACUGGCAAGCAACACAAUCACCAGCUGGAUAACCAGUGGAGUGCAUUGCUAUUCCAGCGCAUUGUGGAGCAUCAGGAUAAAUCUACACAAGAGGAGCAGCAGCAAUCAUCUCCGUCGCAGUCGUCCAAGCGAAGCAAAACCAAAAAGGACCAGAAGGCAGCAAAGACAAUUUCUUGAGGUGCUGUUUCCCUCCACGACACGUACCUGUAAUAAACAGUAACUGAACUCUUAA